AUGAGCACUCCACUGCGUAACGCGAAAAAAAAUAAUAAAGGUCUCGGUGGUCAAGGAAAAUUGACCGAUAAAGUUAUUGGAGAAUUAUCCAAAUAUUAUGGCAAUGCCAUAAGAAAUAAUAAAAACAAUACUGAGGCAAUGAAGAAUGCAAUUCUAGCAACUUUAUACCACAAGUGUUCGACAGACGCCCACCCACAGCAUCAGUUUUGUCCGGAAGGAACAGAUAGCUGGCAAAAGGCAAAAUCUGAUAAAAAAUUAAAUGAUUAUAAACAUAAACGUGCACUUCCCGAAGAUGUUUUUAAAGCCAUAUUACCAAUUUAUGGAGAUCUAAGCAACGAAGAUUUACUUACACGUUGCAUCGGCGGAUACACACAAAAUGCAAACGAAAGUUAUAAUAACCUAAUCUGGAAAAUAGCUCCAAAAACAGGAUUUAGCGGAACAGAAAUUGUUGAGAUAGCAACCUACUUAUCAGUUUGUAUAUUUAAUAAUGGCUUAAAACCGUUGUUAUCAUUUAUGGCCCAACUGGACAUUCAAGUUGGAAAGCGCGCAGAGGCAGCGUGCGCAGCAGAGGACGAACGGCGAUCGCAUGAUGCUGAAGUCGACGCAAAAAGAUCAAAAGAGAGCCGAAUUAACAGAAGAAUUGCUGAACAGCAACAAGCUGAUACAGAUGAAGCUUUAGAAACAUCAUAUUACGCUGCUGGAAAUUUUUAA